AUGUCUUCCUCCAAAAUAACUCAACACUUUCGUGGGUCGAUUUUUCAAAUUCACUUCGUUAACCGUCGAGUACUAUUCCUUCAGUCGCCGAGUCUUAUGUUGAGAAACUUGAGACCUGACUUAUUUCAAUCAUCACUUUCGAGACCUUACGCAAACUCUUCACCUUCCCCCCAUACGUCUCCCGAAGAGUCUACAUCGUCCUACCUGAACAAAUUCACAAAAUACACUGUAAAACGGCUUCCAACUGCUAUAUUGGCGAACAUAAUUGUAACUAGCCUUGUUGGUCUUAUAUCAGUGUACCUUCUGUAUGCUUGGUACCGAAACGGAUGUAACGAACGUCUUCUCAACGAAACAGUGGAAAAGGGCACUCGACCUGAUGUGAGAGUUUCAGGAGACAAAUUGGUUCCUCGACCUCUAAUUAUAGAGCGUCUUAAAAAGAUUCUUCAGCCUGAUGAAGACCAAUCAUUUUAUCAUAUGGUUUGCGGUGAACAUGGAACUGGGAAAACUACUCUGACAAGGGUUGCAUCGAGUGAAGUUGGACACGGAGUCAUAUACGUGGAUGUUCCAGCAAACCUUGAAAAGUUUGGUGACGAAUUUGGAAGUGCCCUUAAUUUCGCAUUUGAGGAACAGAUCUCAUUAACAGGACAACUUGCACAAAAAAUCUUAGGCACAACUAAAAAUGAAUUAAAGGAUCCCAAGUGGGUAAGAGCUAUGGAUGCCUUUAAACGUGCCUCUGCAGUGUACAAAGCAAAGAAUGGAAAACCACCGGUCAUUAUUUAUGACAACGUCAGCCGAUUGGUUCAUGAGAAUCCGAAAGUCCUCGAUAUUCUCCAAGAUGACGCCAAGGAUAAUGCCGAUGGCAGAAAAUACAUCGCAGUAUUUGUCAGUAGCGAAGGUUCGGUUCCUCGAAGAAUGGAAUCUCGCAGUGCUUGGUCACGUGCAAAAAAACCUGUGAUUGAAAUUGGCGACCUUAGCAAAGAAGAAUCAAUGAAAUAUCUAACUGAGAAGCGCAAGAUCAACUCUGUAGAGGCAAAAAAGCUAUAUGAAUUGGUUGGUGGUCGCAUUGUAGAGCUGAAGACUGUGGCGGACGAUUUCGUGGCUGGACAAUCCUUUGAAGUCAUUAAAGAGUCAAUCCUAACUGAAGCCGAGAAGAAAUUCAAUGAAGCACAACUCCGCCGAAAGCAAUUGUAUCACGAAGCAGGAAAGAAAGCAAUCAGAGCUUUAUUGGACUCUAAAGAGUUGAGCUUUACAACGUUUAUGGAAUUUUUCGAUAAUUAUGAAGAAGCUGGCAAAAUAUUGGGAAGCAAUGUAUUUGCAUAUCAUCCCGCAACAAAUACUAUUACUUUUCAGUCUCGAUCAGUAUAUUGUUAUAUACAGGAAAAUGCUAAUAUGUUCCUUAAAUAG